AGUGCAUCUCUAUUUAGCACUCCUCUCACUGUCUCAUAUUUAACUAGUGUUUCCACUGGAUUGCAGAAGUUUUGAAGGCAGAGCAGGAUUACAUUUUUCUCCUCUUUAAAAAAAAAAGAAAAGAAAAGAAAAAAAAACCUACAGUGCUUUCACAGAGCCUCAAAAGAACUCGAAAUACUUGCUGGCAUUGUACUGAAUAUUCUCAACCUUUUCCCCCUACCCAGAUACAUCCACAACAAUAAAAUUGUAGCAAGGUAGAGAAAAGUCAGUAGAUGUUUAUAAUGAAAGCAUAGAAAACAAAUCAGAUUAAAGCACUAUUAAUAGCAGACAAGAAUCGUGGGCUAUCCUAUUGCUAAUAACAAUAAUAGUAACAUAUAACUGUGAACCUUCAUUAUACACUAAGCAUUUCCUAUACAUUCCUUCACUUAUCCUCGUCUAUGUGGCAGAUGUUCCAUUAUCCCCACUUUACACAUGAAGACACCGAGGCUGGGAGAGAUUAAGUAGUUUCUCCAAAGUCACCUGCCAGAGAGGAAGGAGCUGGGACUCUAAUUUUGCUUUCUCUGACUUCACACCAUCCCAUUUUUCCAGAAUCAAGAAAACGUGAGCACUCAGGAAUAUUUUCACAUUUUAAACUUUAUUCAAAAAGCAGCACAUAAGAUAUAUCUUAGCACUAAUUCCAUGCAAUCACCAAAUUUUCCUAAACACCAGUAGUAGUAGUAAUUUCUUAGAGUCGCUGUAAGCUCCUUAACUGUCUUCUGAAUUAAUAAGAAAAAUUAAAUUAUGUUUUCUAGACUUUGCAUUAGUAUAUUUCAUUGCUUUCCAAGUUUUCAAAAAUUGGUGAUCUGAGUAGAGUGAAUUCACCUUGUCUAAGCCACUUAGGGGCUUAGAGACUCUGUUAUAUUAGAAAUCUUCACCUUAGAAUUCUACCUAUUACAUUAUACAAUUAAACAAACUACUUUUUUCUCAUGCAUUGUACCAAUCAGCCCCUUAACUGAAAAAAGAUGACCCUUGGAAGCUUAGAAGAGAAUUGACAACGAAUACAUCUUUUGCCAGGUCUUUGGGCUGGGAUACAAAACAUCACGUUAUCUAUGAAUAUAUUGUGGUCCCUCAGUGAAAGCUGUCACCAAAUAUUGCAAUAAAACUAAGAAAACUUUUGAAGCGGAAUGCAUAUUUCUGCCCAGAAAAUGCUGGAUGCAGAACAACUAGUUCACUGCAGACAACUGUUUGCUUUAAAAUGUAAGCAACAUGCCCAGCUCAGGACUGAAGUGGCCAGAGUGCCUACUUUAUCAGAAUGGCAUAGCAGUCCAACAAUUUAGCCUGGAGAGAACAGAGGUGGAGAACAAAGAAGAGAAGUGAAAAAAACAAACCAGCCCUUCUGUUCUACAUGACCUUCUUUCCCGUUUUGCCAAUCUGAUUUCACACAUAGUGACUCAUGGUGAAACAGAGAAAAUAUGGGAAUUGCAUUCAGAUGUGUAGAGGUUAGUAAGACUUAGUUUUCAAAAGCAGCUCAUUCUCCAUUAACAUUGUAGUCGCCUUCCAUUUCAUUUCACUUAGAUCGGCAUCUGCACAGCUGCCAAAAUUUUUCUGUAAGUCAGAGAACACACUCCUAGGUAAACCUUCAAAAAAGGUAUUUCAAAGGAGGCAGCUUCUCUGCUGCUAGCGAAGGCAUAGCCACCUCCCUUCAGACAGGGGAUUUCCGCUAGUUGCUUUCUGUCAUUUCAUCUCUAUUCUGCACUCAGUCCCUUGUUCUGUCUGGAGGUUCCUGUUUUCCUGUACCCAACCAAGAGCCAAUGAAGAAGUAAAGAGGAGCAAACACGCCCGCCCACUCCCAAUUUCCUUUGCUCUGCUGUCUGCCAACCGCAAAGCCGACCGAGACGGAGCCGCUGUCAACUCUUCAACUCAGCUCAGCUGAUCGGUUGCCGCCGCCGCCGCCGCCAGAUUCUGGAGGCGAAGAACGCAAAGCUGAGAACAUGGACGUUAAUAUCGCCCCACUCCGCGCCUGGGACGAUUUCUUCCCGGGUUCCGAUCGCUUUGCCCGGCCGGACUUCAGGGACAUUUCCAAAUGGAACAACCGCGUGGUGAGCAACCUGCUCUAUUACCAGACCAACUACCUGGUGGUGGCUGCCAUGAUGAUUUCCAUUGUGGGGUUUCUGAGUCCCUUCAACAUGAUCCUGGGAGGAAUCGUGGUGGUGCUGGUGUUCACAGGGUUUGUGUGGGCAGCCCACAAUAAAGACGUCCUUCGCCGGAUGAAGAAGCGCUACCCCACGACGUUCGUUAUGGUGGUCAUGUUGGCGAGCUACUUCCUUAUAUCCAUGUUUGGAGGAGUCAUGGUCUUUGUGUUUGGCAUUACUUUUCCUUUGCUGUUGAUGUUUAUCCAUGCAUCGUUGAGACUUCGGAACCUCAAGAACAAACUGGAGAAUAAAAUGGAAGGAAUAGGUUUGAAGAGGACACCGAUGGGCAUUGUCCUGGAUGCCCUAGAACAGCAGGAAGAAGGCAUCAACAGACUCACUGACUAUAUCAGCAAAGUGAAGGAAUAAACGUAACUUACCUGAGAUAGGGUUGCAGCAGAAAUUGAGUUGCAGUUUGCCCUUGUCCAGACCUACUUUCUGCUUGCGUUUUUGAAAUAGGAGGUGCACGUACCACCCAAUUAUCUAUGGCAGCAUGCAUGUAUAGGCCGAACUAUUAUCAGCUCUGAUGUUUCAGAGAGAAGACCUCAGAAACCGAAAGAAAACCACCACCCUCCUAUUGUGUCUGAAGUUUCACGUGUGUUUAUGAAAUCUAAUGGGAAAUGGAUCACACGAUUUCGUUAAGGGAAUAAAAAAAAUAAAAGAAUUACGGCUUUUACAGCAACAAUACGAUUCUCUUAUAGGAAAAAAAAAUCAUUGUAAAGCAUCAAGACAAUACGAGUAAAUGAAAAGGCUGUUAAAGUAGAUGACAUCAUGUGUUAGCCUGUUCCUAAUCCCCUAGAAUUGUAAUGUGUGGGAUAUAAAUUAGUUUUUAUUAUUCUCUUAAAAAUCAAAGAUGAUCUCUAUCACUUUGCCACCUGUUUGAUGUGCAGUGGAAGCUGGUUAAGCCAGUUGUUCAUACUUCGUUUACAAAUAUAAAGAUAGCUGUUUAGGAUAUUUUGUUACAUUUUUGUAAAUUUUUGAAAUGCUAGUAAUGUGUUUUCACCAGCAGGUAUUUGUUGCAAACUUAAUGUCAUUUUCCUUAAGAUGGUUACAGCUAUGUAACCUGUAUUAUUCUGGACGGACUUAUUAAAAAACAAACAGACAAAAAUAAAACUUGAGUUCUAUUUACCUUGCACAUUUUUUGUUGUUACAGUGAAAAAAAUGGUCCAAGAAAAUGUUUGCCAUUUUUGCAUUGUUUAGUUUUUAACUGGAACAUUUAGAAAGAAGGAAAUGAAUGUGCAUUUUAUUAAUUCCUUAGGGGCACAAGGAGGACAAUAAUAGCUGAUCUUUUGAAAUUUGAAAAACAUCUUUAGAUGACCAAGCAAAAAGACUUUAAAAAAUGGUAAUGAAAAUGGAAUGCAGCUGCUGCAGCUAAUAAAAAAUUUUAGAUAGCAAUUGUUACAACCAUAUGCCUUUAUAGCUAGACAUUAGAAUUAUGAUAGCAUGAGUUUAUACAUUCUAUUAUUUUUCCUCCCUUUCUCAUGUUUUUAUAAAUAAGUGAUAAAAAAAUGUUUUGCCUGCCAAUUGAAUGAUUUCAUAGCUGAAGUAGAAACAUUUAGGUUUCUGUAGCAUUAAAUUGUGAAGACAACUGGAGUGGUACUUACUGAAGAAACUCUCUGUAUGUCCUAGAAUAAGAAGCAAUGAUGUGCUGCUUCUGAUUUUUCUUGCAUUUUAAAUUCUCAGCCAACCUACAGCCAUGAUCUUUAGCACAGUGAUAUCACCAUGACUUCACAGACAUGGUCUAGAAUCUGUACCCUUACCCAAAUAUGAAGAAUAAAAUUGAUUAAAGGUU